CUUACCAAUCGUCAAUAUCAAUAUUCAAGAAAUUGAAGGCUUGCAAACACUUCAAUUUAGUAGUUUAACAAGUGAAGGUCAUGGGUGGCCAAAAGAGUUUCAAAUCAGAUCAUGCACUACCAUUCAAAACCUGGUGAUUACUCACGGAACUAAGGUAAGUCUCAAGUUUCUCAAAUUAUUUGAUCUUCCAAAAUUGAGAAGUUUUGUCUGGAGGAUUGAGCCGAAAGAAGUUUUGCCGGUGCUUCAACUUGUCCAAAUUGAAGAAUGCCACAGUUUGACAAGUCUUCAUUGGGUCUUGCAUCUCCCACUCCUCCGUGCUUUAUUAUUGAAAAAUUGUGAUGCCAUGGAAGAAUUGGUAAAUGGAGAGGUGGGAGAAAUCGAAGAGGAUGAUGCCAUCACUACAUUCCCCAAACUAAAGUAUUUGGCAAUACUUGGUUUACCAAAGCUAGUGAAAAUAAGCCAUUGUACAUUAGAUUUUCCUCAUCUUUCAAAAGUUCAUUUGGAGGGCUGUCCAAGUUUGAAGAGGCUUCCAUUCAAGCCGGGAAUUGUCAACAACCGAGGCCUAUUGGUUAAAUGUGAGAAAAAAUGGUGGGAGAAAUUGGAGUGGGAUGAUGCCACUAUCCCGUCACAAUUUUGCUCAAAUAGCACAGAAGAUGAAGAAAUUGCUGAUUUUUUUGUUGGCGGUGUUCCUCCACUUGGUCAUAGAGACUUUCUUGAAAUAUUUGGGUUUGAUGAGGUAAUACUAUAACUUUUUUUUUUUUUUUUUCCGUUGGGGGAGGCUUUUACUAAUUUUACCCAAAUUUUAUUUCU